UUAAUUUAUAAUUUCCUAUUCCUUGUAGAAAAGGAACUUUGAAUCCUUUUUUGUGUAGGAAUCGUAGUUAUAAAGAAAAUUACUAUUUACUAGUACUAUAUUAACCGUUCAUGUAGCAGGGGCUAAGUUGUCUGCUUAAAGAAAAAGUUUAUGUGGAAUUAAUAGAUGAUGAGUCUCUCAGGAAUGCCUUCAGCGUCUACAAUGUUCCAGGCAUAUGCCUCAUUAUCUACUUCAAUUACCCUUUUAAAGACAGUGCUGAAUCAACUGCUUCCUCAGCAACUCCAGCUGUAUAUCAUCACCAAAAUCCGUAGCUAUUUUCGCCCAAAUUCAUCAGACGUAACUCUGGUUAUCGAAGAAAGAGAUGGCAUGGGCCUUAACGAGGUUUACACUGCUGCUGAAAUCUAUUUGUCUGCCCGAAUCAGCCCUGAAUUUCAACGUUUCAAAAUUAGCAAACGGCCCAAAGACGAAAACAUGAAUGUUAAAUUCGGGAAUUGUGGAAAAAUUACUGAUUCCUUUGAAGAGAUUGAAUUGAUCUGGAAGUUUGUCCGUGAAGCUAAAAAGAUGAUUUCGAGUUUUCGAGAUGAUGAUGAUGGUGAUUUUUCUGAGAUACGUUAUUUUGAACUCAGCUUUAGCAAAGAACACAAGGAUAGAAUUUUAAAUUGUUACAUCCCUCUUGUACUCAACAAAGCGAAAGCCAUGUGCGAUGAGAAAAAAAUUGUCAAGUUACAUUCUCUAGCUAGUGGUAAUUGUUAUAGUUCUAUAACUUGGGAUACGGUGAACCUUGAGCACCCUUCAACUUUUGAGACAAUAGCAUUAGAACCAGCACUCAAAAAAACCAUAAUAGAAGACCUUGAUAGGUUUUUGAAGAGGAAAGAGUUUUAUAGGAGAGUUGGAAAAGCUUGGAAAAGGGGUUACUUAUUGUAUGGACCACCAGGGACAGGGAAAUCAAGUUUGAUUGCUGCAGUUGCUAAUUAUUUAAAGUUUGAUAUAUAUGAUUUAGAGUUCUCUAAUAUAAGGCGCGAUGCCGAUUUGAGAAGGUUGUUGCUGAGCACCAAAAAUAGGUCUAUACUUGUCAUUGAAGACAUUGAUUGCAGCGUGACGAUGACUGAAAGAACUGAAAAUCGCACAAAUCACUCUGCAAAUGGUCGUUCACGGGAUCCUGAGGUUACACUUGGAGGAUUACUAAAUUUCAUAGAUGGGCUAUGGUCGAGUUGUGGUGAUGAAAGGAUUAUUAUAUUUACCACAAAUCACAAAGAGAAGCUUGAUCCAGCUCUGUUGCGGCCUGGACGAAUGGACAUGCACAUUCACUUGUCUUAUUUAACAAGUGAAAGCUUUAAAGUUUUGGCAACUAAUUAUCUCGAAAUAGACGAUCCUCUUCACAGAGGUUUUAAGGAAGUACAAGAAUUGAUUGAAGGAGCACAAGUCACUCCUGCAGAAGUUGCUGAGCAACUUAUGAAAAGUGAAGAUCCUGAUAUUUGCAUCGAAGGUCUUGUUAAAUUUCUCAAGCGAAAAAGGAUCAGUAAUAAUGAAGAGAUGGAGAAGCAGGAAGACGCAAAUAAUAUUAGUAAUGGCGUGACCAAUAAUGAAGUAAAGAGGAUCAAAGCUUUAAGUAUGAUAUAAUUUAGUUUAUUAUUAAAGAACGAAAAAAGAUUUGUGCAUUAAUUUAAUUUUUAUUAAUUAAUGGGUUUUUAGUUAUAGAACG